AUGAACCUCUAUCUACUUUGUCGCAGAUACCAUACAAUAUCUUCAAUAAAUGCUAUGCCCUACCUAGUCAAAAUAAACAUCUAUCAUUCUCUUCUCAUUGUAUUGUAUAGGACAAUAACAUCCACAAGUGGCAUAGAGAUCCCACAAAACCCACGUAACAAACAAACAUCUUCUCUUGUUUAUCAAGUUACAAUGCCACCGUUGUUACUUGGCUAUGCAGCAGCAACGAUUGCAGCACUCCUCUGCAUCAUAAACUUCUUCCAUCGGAGACUAUGUUGCAGACACCCCCUCUUAACUGACUACCCCUUCCUUGGCAUGCUACCACAGUUUCUCAGCAAUUUGUGGCGCUGCCAUGAUUUUUUGACUGAGGUGCUGAAACAACAUGGGGGAACCGGUGAGUUCACUGGACCAUGGUUUACCAACAUGAACUAUUUGAUCACUAGUGACCCCCUCAACGUGCACCACAUCAUGAGCAAGAGUUUCCACAACUACGUCAAAGGACCCGUGUUUCGUGACAUUUUUCAAGCCUUCGGACACGGGAUUUUCACCGCUGAUUCAGAGACAUGGAAAUACAACAGGGAACUCUUCCAUUCUCUCUUUAAACAGAAAAGCUUUGAGGUCUUUCUACAGAAAACCAUUCACAAGAAGGUGCAGAAUAGCCUACUUCCCGUAUUGGAUCAUCUACACCAACAGGGGACCGUGGUGGAUCUUCAAGAUGUCUUCAAUCGCUUCACUUUCGAUAACAUAUGUUCUAUAGUUCUUGGCAAUGACCCUAAUUGCCUUUCCGUUGGUUUUCCGGAUGUUGAAAUUGAGAAGGCUUUUAAUGAAGCAGAAGAGUCCAUAUUCUACAGACAUGUAGUGCCAGGGUGUGUUUGGAAGUUGCAGAAACGGCUUCAGAUUGGUCAAGAGAAGAAGAUGACAGAAGCAUGUAAAACACUUGAUGAGUUCAUAUACGAAUGCAUAGCGUCUAAGAGAGAAGAUAUAAGCAAAUACAAAGAAAAUGAAACGGGAGAAGCCUUUCACGUGGACUUGUUAACAAAUUUGAUGAGAGAAGGAAAGGGAAAAGGGCAAGCACAUGAUGAUAUAUUUCUAAGGGAUGCUGUGUUCAAUCUAUUUGUGGCUGGGAGAGAUACCAUAACUUCGGCUCUCACUUGGUUCUUUUGGCUUGUUGCUACAAACCCUUUGGUGGAAGCCAAGAUUCUUCAAGAGAUCAAUGAGAUGUUUGGAAACAACGAAAAAACGCCUGGGGUUUUAAACGUGGAGGAGGUGAAAAAGCUGGUUUAUCUGCAUGGUGCUAUAUGUGAAGCAUUGAGGCUUUUUCCUCCCAUACCUUUCGAACGAAAGCAAGCACUUGAAGCUGACGUGCUUCCUAGUGGUCAUGCUGUGAAUCCCAGUACAAUCAUAUUAUUUUGUUUAUAUUCAAUGGGAAGAUUUGAGGAAAUAUGGGGAGAAGAUUGUAUGGAGUUCAAACCAGAGAGAUGGAUCUCACAUAAAGGAGGUAAUGUUUAUGUACCAUCUUACAAAUUCAUUGCUUUUAAUGCAGGACCAAGGAUUUGUUUGGGCAAAGACUCGUCCUUCAUUCAAAUAAAGAUGGUGGCAACUGCAAUCUUGCAGAAGUAUCGUGUCCAAGUGGUUGAAGGUCAUGAUGCUUCUCCAAACCUUUCAAUCGUUCUUCUAAUGAAGAAUGGUUUAAAGGUUAGGAUAACAAAGAGAGAAAUUUAA